AAAAAUAAUAGACUAUAGAAAAACGUCAUCACCAUCUAUAGAUUUCUGGCACAUUGUUACGGUCUAAGCAAUCAUCGUUCUACAUCGCUCCGCGGCAUAUCGCGUAGGUGUCUACCUUCAAAACAAUGGCCAAUGUCACCAGUGUGGAUCCAGUUUCAGAAAAAAAUAAAAAAUUACAGGAAAACGAAAUCAUUUUUGGAAACCUUCGGACACAGAUCCAUUAACAAAAAUCAAACCCAUGCGUUACUGCAGAGCAUUGACUACCUGACAGACAAUAUUUCAUUUUUUGGUUUGUUUCUCUCGUCUGGAAAUUUGGAGCACCUCGAACGGAUCUACAAGAAAAUAGAAUCUGGCCACGGUCAAAUGUACGAUUACCUUAUUCAACAAUCUGCCCCUCGAGAAUGUGCCAUGGCUGUCCACCGGUUCAUAAGGUCGCACAAAAUAUGCAUUCUCCCAGAGAGAGCGCUCAACUUGCUGUGCGCUCGUAACGAUGGGAUACCUCGGCGCUUAAUUGCACUGGAUGCACUCAAUCUCGUGCAGCAUGAAUCAUUCGGUAUGAGAAAACAGUUUGCGCGUGCCUAUCUCCUAAUGAUGCAACAACUUACUUUCCGGGGAUAUCUCACUCCGCACGAGAUUCGAAUUGUUAUCAGCCCAUAUCUGGCACUUCCGACUAUUUUUCCCGGGCGAAACUCACUACAGAAUGUUGCCUCAAAAUCUGCAAUACUGAUGGAGAUGUUUCUGAGUGCUCACCUGUUGGAUGAUCCAGAGGCUCUUUCCGUGGAGCUGUCCAAAGAAACUAGCAGAUUUCAGCGAAAAAUGCGAAGAAUGACUCCGCCCUAAUUUGCAUGCUAUGAUAAAUUACUGGAUCGGGGAAGUGGUUGUUAUCGUUUUGCUAUCUGUUUGAGGGGGUGAUAAAAGCAUUUCAGACCAAACAUUUUUUAGCCUUGACACAUUUGGAAGUGAGUCAUUAGAGAAAGCGUGUAUAGGCAAGUAUAUUUCCGAGGUUCCAUGAAAAGACGGAGGACACCCACCUGCUGGUGAAUGAACGGCUUAUUGCGAUGUACAAACAAUAUAUCUGGUACCGUCGAGCUGAUAAGCGAGCAUUCAAUAAAACCACUCAUGAAGGUAUUUUAAGUACCUUUCCUACAUUAAGUCUUUACUCAACGGAAUUCACUUAUUCCGAAGACAGUUGUCCAAUAGGUUGUUAUUCAUAAUUUGAUACUUUUUUCUACAACGGCUCAAAUUAUGGUGUUCAAAUUGUGUUGCGGAAGCAAAAGCUACGAUAUGGAAAGUGCCUCGGUUGGAGACUCAAAGAAAACGAACAUUCCAAGCAGUACGACUGUAGUUACACAGCCCGCGUUCAAAACGAAGAAUACUGAUGAUACAACAGUGGAAACUUCAAGAAAUGAGGACCAAGGAAGUUGACGUAGUGCGUAAUACGGGGGUGAAAAUUCUCAAUUAACAGUGGCGUCCAAUGAAAUAAUUGAAUGUGUUAUAUAUUUAUACUUCUAUAAUAAAUAAAUGAAUAUUUAGGCUACUUAUGAAAUGUGCUACAUUUGAUUUUG